AUGGAUCAGCAAUUGGAACACGCGAUUGCUUCCGACAAUCCCGAAAGCGGCUCUGAGCGCUUCGACCCCGAAGAGGUGAAACGAGUCACCCGAAAGAUUGACUUUCGGUUGCUCCCCGUCCUAACAAUCUUGUACCUCCUUUGCUACAUCGAUCGGGGCAACAUCGGAAAUGCCAGAGUUGCUGGCAUGAAUGAUGACUUGGGUAUCACCCCGGGACAGUACAACAUGGCCCUCACGGUCUUCUUCAUUCCAUACACCCUCUUUGAAGUGCCCAGCAAUAUCAUGCUUAAGUUGAUGCGACCAUCGCUUUGGAUUGCAUUCCUCGUCAUUAGCUGGGGCGCGGUCAUGAUUUGCCAGGGCAUCGUCCAGAACUUGGGCGGCUUGGUCACUACACGAGCACUUCUCGGCCUGUUUGAGGCUGGUUUCUUCCCAGCCAGCACAUACCUUCUUGGCGAAUGGUACUGCCGUUUCGAACUCCAGCUCCGACUUGCGGUAUUCUUCGGGGCAGCCUCCUUGGCCGGGGCCUUCUCGGGCCUGCUAGCAGCCGGGCUUCAGCAGAUGGAUGGAGUUGGCAGCCUGGCCGGUUGGCGGUGGAUUCUCAUCAUGGAGGGUAUUGUGACAGUUGCUCUUGGUCUGGUCACUCCAUGGGCCUUGCCAGAUUCCCCCAGAACAGCCUCGUUCUUUUCGACUGAGGAGAGAGCCCUGGUGCUCUCUCGGCUUGAGCUAGAUUCUCAGGGUACUGGGGCGUCAGAGACGAUCGAAAGGUUUCAAUGGCAUUUUAUCCGAGAUGCACUUCUGGAUUGGAAGAUCUGGUUUACCGUCUUCGUUUUCUGGGGUAAUAGCAUUCCACUCUAUGGUUUCUUGUACACCGCCCCGACCAUCAUCCGAGAGCUGGGAUAUGAGUCUGUCGAGGCUCAGCUUCUCACAGUCCCCGUAUAUACGACGGCCACAAUCAGUACCAUCAUCGUCGCGUGGCUCGCGGACCGUCGGAAGAGAAGAUGGCCCUUCAUCGUCUUUCCCUACGCCAUCAGCUUCUGCGGCCUGAUUGGCCUCCUCUCCAUCCCACACCCCAAGUUCCCUGGCCUAACCUACGCGUUCCUAUUUGCCGUGCCUGCUGGCAUCUAUCCAGGUGUCAUCACUCUCAUCUCUUGGGUCUCCAACAAUCUGGCGCCGAGCUGGAAGAGAGCGGUGGGAACUGCUCUAUGUGUGGGCCUUGGAAACCUCGGCGGCAUCGUGGGCUCUAACAUAUUCCUCGUAAAAGAGUCACCCAAGUACUAUACGGGAUACGGUGUCUCCUUUGCCUGCAUCGGCUUGGCUAUCAUCUCUGCCCUUGUGCUUCGAGCUGCCUACCUGGCGCAAAACAGAAAGCGGGACAUCAUGUCGGAAGAGGAGAUUAGAGAGAAGUACACGGAUGAUGAACUCCUGCGGCUUGGUGAUCGGUCGCCACUUUUCAGAUACGUUACUUAG